UCGGCUCGGCUCGGCUCAUCCCGGCUCGGUUUGGCUCGUUCCUGCCCCCCGUGCCGCCAUGCGGCUGCUGCCCUGGCUCAUGAUGCAUCUCGGAGCGGGCUCCGCCGCCUACGUGGUGUCGGUGGACGUCCGGCGAGCCGGGCGGCCCCUGGAGCGCUUCUGGAGGAGCACGGGUUUUUGCCCUCCUUUACCUCACAGCCGUGCUGAUCUCUUUGACCUGAGCAAAGAUCAAGAGCUGAACCUUGCAUAUGUUUCUUCUGUUCCUCAUGGCGGCAUUGAACAAGUUCGAAUUCACUGGUUACUAGAAUUGGUUGCUGUCAGAGUGAUGAAUGAGAAACUUCACUACAAUUUUACUGCCUUGGAUAACCUUAUGGAUCUCCUGUGGGAAAAUAAGUUAAUUCCAGGAUUCGAAUUGAUGGGAAAUCCAUCAGGAUAUUUUUUAAAUUUUGAACAUAAAGAGCAGGCAGUAAGAUGGAGAAAUUUAAUUACACUUCUGGCCAGGAGAUACAUAGAUAGAUACGGAUUGGAGCAUGUUGCUAAAUGGAAUUUUGAAACUUGGAAUGAACCAGACCACCAUGACUUUGACAAUGUGUCUAUGACAGUGGAAGGGUUCCUCAACUAUUAUGAUGCCUGCUCAGAAGGAUUAAGAGCAGCCAGUCCUCUGCUAAAAUUUGGAGGGCCUGGAGAUUCCUUUCACCCCUUUCCCAAGUCACCCAUAUGCUGGAGUCUUCUGCGUCAUUGCUACAAUGGAACCAACUUCUUCACAGGGGAGACUGGUGUAAGGCUGGACUACAUCUCUCUUCAUAAGAAGGGAGGUGGGCGUUCUCUCUACAUCUUGGAACAAGAGGUGGAAGCAGUUGAACAAAUUCAGAAGUUGUUUCCAAAUUUUGCUUCUGUUCCCAUAUACAAUGAUGAAGCAGAUCCUAUGGUUGGAUGGUCCAUGCCACAGCUGUGGCGAGCUGAUGUGACAUAUGCAGCUAUGGUUGUAAAGGUAAUCAUCCAGCAUCAAAACCUGCUUAUUGCCAAAGCCAACAACACCAUCAACUAUACACUGCUGAGUAAUGACAAUGCCUUCUUGAGCUACUACCCCCAUUACUUCACACAGCGGACUCUGACAGCACGUUUCCAGAUGAACAAUACAAAGCCACCUCAUGUCCAGAUGGUGCGGAAACCAGUGCUGACUGUCAUGGGCUUGCUGUCACUGCUAGGAGAAAAGCAGAUCUUUGCAGAAGUAAAGAGCAGUGAAGGCAAAAGCACUGAAAACGACACAGUUGGUGUCCUGGCAUCCGUGCACACCCCAAGUGAGCUGCAGCCCUCUGACAGUUGGCAAGCUACUCUACUGAUUUAUUCAAGUGAAGAUAACAGGACUUCAUCCAAUAUCAGCACUGUCACAGUGAAUGCCACCCACUUCCCCAAACUUAGAGAGCCAGUGUAUAUGACGUAUUACCUGGAUAACAACCAAACCAAUCCCUACCUGAAGUGGAAGGAACUAGGAAGCCCUGACUUUCCCUCCCCAGAGCAGUUCCAGCAAAUCAGGGAUGCUGAGGAUCCAGUGGCAACAGGACCCUUCACUUUUCCUGAAGGUGGCAUCCUGACACUGAAGCAAGACUUCCCCAUUCCCUCAGUCUUUCUCAUCCACAUCUGUGCAAGACCCAGUUCUGUUCCUGAUCAAGUGACUGGUGUUCGUUUCAUCCCUCUCACAAAAGGACAGGUUGUUGUGUUGUGGGACGAUGGUUGUGUAAAUUCAAAAUGUAUAAAGACAUUUGAAGUGCAGUUCUCACCAGAUGGAAAAGCCUACCAGCGGAUUAAUGCCAAAGACACAAUAUUCACUCUCUGGGUCUACAGUCCAGGAAGCUCAGUCUCCGGCUUUUACAAAGUGCGUGCCAUUGACUACUGGGGGAAGGCAGGCCUGUCCUCCGUUCCUGUGCAGUAUGUUGAAGCUUUCAAGUGACUCUGAAGAGUGGUGCCUGGUUUGUUGACUGAGUGGUGUAUGCUCCCUUCAGAUGACAACUCCCCAGAAAAGUAAACUCCUCCCAGGCUUAGGAGGGAGUAUUGAAAGGACCCGAUGAAGCAAGUUGGGAAUGCAAGUUGGAAGCAACUGUCCACGUUAACUCUUCAGAGAUCAAAGUCAGGAUUAUCAAACAGCCACAACUAACAACCCAGCUUGUACAAUUAUGGGACUGGGAUUCGGUUUUCUAACUAAGAAUUACAGAAAUAAAUUUUUGUUAUUCUCUAUUUUUCACUGA